GCCCACUUCCAUUUUGACUUUGCGAGCAAACGAUGGGCUUCGUGCACAUUGCCACGCCGUGUGUCGAGGAGACGACGCCGACGACCAAGUGCCGCUUCAAGCACGGCGGCUACGUGGUCGCAGCCGGCCUUGUCGCAUGGUUCUCGUGGUCGCUGCAGGGUCUUUCACCCGUGACCCGCUAUACGAUCGAGAUGCCUCGUGAUGCGCCAUCGAUGAACGCAACCGCGUCGCCCGCCGUCACCACGACAGUCCGGCUCAACGUCGGCGGCACACACCUCGAGACGACGUGGGAGACGCUGCUCAAAUGCGACGACUCGUUCUUCCACGAGCUUCGCGAGACCGCAGCCUUGCCCGACGGUUCGUUCUUUGUCGACUGGAGCGCUGCGCACAUGGAGCGCGUCCUCAUGUUCCUGCGGUCCGGGUAUCUCAACCGCCAUGGCCUCGCGUGGUAUGAAGACGACGAACUCAGUCGCACACUGCGCUUUCUCAAGAUCGACCCCGAGAGCAACCAGUGUCCGUUUACAAAGGCGCUCGAGGAGCCCAAGGAGGCCAAGGCGCAGUUCUUGCCGGACGACUACGACGGCGAGGGUGUCCCGAUGACGUCGACGCCGCACGUGUGCUCGUACGGUGUCCCCGGCUGUGAUGGCUACUUGAUGCCCGAGCCGGCUCCGCGCCCGACGCCCAAAAACCGUGCCAAGGGCAAAAAGGCCAAGGGCCACAGCAAGUGGCGCGACUAGAAUUGUGAAACCGAACAACGUUGUGAAUGAAUGUCUUCAAAUUGGGUCUUUUA